CGAAAAUGUGUGCAGCGAAUACACUGAAUUUCAACACAGUUGAAUAUGGCCUUGUGGGACAGCAAGAAGAAUGUGCUUGAAAACUUUUUUGAAUUAAGUUCUUUUAAAAAAAUUUUCAACAGGCAUUUGGGUAGGCGCCUGCUACGGGCAAAGAGCAAGGCCCAAGAUGGCGGCGCCCAUCCUGCGCGGCCUCUCGCUUCGUGCGGCUAUGGCCGGCCUGCGGCCUCCGGAACCUCUCCUCACUGUCCGGGCAUCUUACAACGCUCGACGCUUGGGUCUGGACCUCAGUGGCUUCUACUUGCCGCAUGCCGGGAGCCCCGAGUGGCAGCGGGGGGUGCGGGCCCAGCGGAAACGUUACGGCCGCUGGGGCAGCGUGUCCGGCGUGUCGGCCGCCUCCCUGUGGCCUGAGGCCGCGCUGCUGGCCCAGCACCAGGCCGAGUGGGAGCCCAGCCUGCAGCAGAUGUUGAGCAACCUCCGCGCCAAGGAACUGGAGCGGGAGAAGAAGGAGCGGGAGAGGCAGAAGCUGAUUGCGGCCAACAUGGCCAAGAUGCCCAAGAUGGUUGAAGACUGGCGGAGAGAGAAACGCGAGCUGAAGAUCCAGCAGAGGGAGGAGAAGGCCAGGCGGGAGCGUCUGCUUUCAGAGGCUAGGGAACGCUUUGGCUACAGCAUCGACCCACGGAGCUCCAAGUUUCAGGAGAUGGUGAAGGAGUUGGAGAAGGAGGAGAAGAAGAAGCGUAAAUUGAUGAAAAGACGAAAGAAAGAAGAGACUUCUGGGAGCGAGGUAGCAGCAGGCACCUCUUAAACUGCUCAUUUACAUUGCUAGGACUUGACAGACUGCUAAAAUUCAUUAAACUGAUUGAACAGACUUAAUGAAACGUGGCGACUUUAAUGUGUUUAAAAUAUUCCAUUCUGACUGACCCCAAGUCAUCUAUAAAAUUUUUAUUUGCCCUCUGUCAUUAACAAGGUCACAUUUAUUGCCGGUAUUCUGUGACAUUUGGAGGCUGCUGUCUUUACAUCUUCAUUUUAUUUUUAGGAGUGACUGUCGAGUGAUCUUAAACUAUUAAAGAAUUAACUGUCUAACAUUGGAGUCAUGCGAGCUUGAACCCCAUGAAGACAGCAGGCUCCAUUCCCUUGUGGAGCUGGUUGGUCUUUUAUUGGCAAUCUAUGAUCGUCUUGGUCACUGUGUAGUACUGGCCCUUAAUUUUCUAAACUAUUUGUGGAAUUUUUGAUCUGAUUUAUUAUUGUCACAUGUACUUGGGUACAAUGAAAAGUUUUGUUUUGUGUGCAGGACAGGAAGAUCAUACCAUGCAAAGACCAUUGGGGUAGUAGAACAAAGUGAGGAAUACAAUGUUACAACUGCAGCGAAAGUGCGCAAAGAGCAAGAUCGACAUUAGAUUUGAAAUUAGAGAGGUCCAUUCAGCAGUCUAAUAACAGCAGGGAAGAAGCUGUUCUUGAACUUGUUGAUGCGCGUGCUUAAGCUUUUUGUACCUUUUGCCCGAUGGAAGAGGUUAUAACUGGGCUGCAUGCCUUGCUACGGUGGGAUUGCAACCUGUAGUCUGCUGCUAAACCACCACAGAUGUAUAUGGUAAAACAGUCUUCAAAGACAGAAUACAACAAGAGCUUUAACUAAAUUUCCAUUUUAUUCUGAUAGUUAAUUGACAUAAAUUAAAAUGAUUUUAAUUUUUUUGAAAUAAUUCUGCAUAACGUCCUUGUACUUAGUACACAUAGCAUUUAAGUAAAUCACUUGUGAAUUUGCACUCAUACUACUUGUCACAUUAAAUAAAAUGAAAUCA